AUGGCCAUACUUCCGGAAGUUACAUCUCCCGAUCGAAAGGUUCCUUUUAAACAAAAAGUUCUAUGGACAGCUGUAACACUUUUUAUUUUCUUGGUGUGCUCACAAAUCCCACUCUACGGUAUCAUGUCUUCUGACUCGUCCGAUCCUCUCUAUUGGUUGCGUGUAAUUCUUGCUUCCAAUAGAGGCACGCUGAUGGAGCUUGGUAUCACACCAAUCGUCACGUCGGGCAUGAUCAUGCAACUAUUAGCUGGUGCUAAUAUUAUCGAGGUGGAUUUUAGCGUGAAAGAGGAUCGCGCGCUGUUUAGUGGUGCGCAGAAACUUUUCGCUAUGGUAUUUGCAUUUGGUCAGGCUACUGUUUCGGUGAUGACUGGCUUGUAUGGGGAUCCAAGUGAUAUUGGUGCUGGCGUUUGUCUAUUGUUGAUCAUUCAGCUGGUUGUCGCCGGUCUUAUUUCUAUGUUAUUGGAUGAAUUAUUACAGAAAGGUUAUGGCCUUGGUUCUGGGAUUUCACUUUUCAUCGCUACAAACAUCUGUGAGUCUAUCGUUUGGAAAGCUUUUAGUCCGACAACCGUAAACACUGGACGUGGCCCCGAAUUCGAAGGCGCUAUCAUCGCAUUGUUCCAUCUUUUAUUUACCCGAAGUGACAAAACUCGCGCACUGAAAGAAGCUUUCUAUCGCUCCAACUUGCCAAACGUGAUGAACCUUUUGGCCACUUUAGUGGUAUUUGGCAUCGUUAUUUAUCUUCAAGGUUUCCGUGUUGAACUUCCCGUGAAAUCACAAAGAAAUCGUGGUCAACGUGGUACCUACCCGGUCAAGCUAUUCUACACCUCCAACAUGCCGAUUAUGUUACAAUCCGCUCUUACUUCCAAUAUAUUCUUAAUCUCGCAGAUGUUAUACAACAGAUUCCCGGACAACCUUCUCGUUCGUCUUCUUGGUGUAUGGACUCCACAUGAUGGAGGUUCGCAAUUGUUUGCUUCUAGUGGACUAGCGUAUUUCAUGUCACCCCCAAGAAAUAUUACAGAUGCUCUUUUAGACCCAAUACAUACUUCGAUAUAUAUUUUAUUCAUGUUGACUGCCUGUGCUCUUUUCUCCAAAACAUGGAUUGAGGUCUCAGGCUCGUCUCCUCGCGAGGUCGCUAAACAACUCAAAGAGCAGGGAAUGGUCAUGGCUGGUCACCGUGAAACCUCAAUGUACAAAGAACUAAAACGUGUGAUUCCAACUGCUGCUGCCUUUGGGGGUGCUUGCAUUGGAGCUUUAUCCGUUCUUGCUGAUUUACUCGGGGCUCUUGGAUCCGGUACUGGGAUAUUACUGGCUGUCACCAUUAUUUACUCAUACUUUGAAAUGUUUGUUAAGGAACAAGCUCAGGAAGGCGGCAUUGACGCUAUACUCUUUUAA